AAACAACAACGACUCGGACGCGGCUGCCCCCGGGCCCGCUCCGCUUUAGGAAGGACGGGCAACGACAGCCGCCAUGGCAGCCGCCACGGCCCGCGACCUCCUGGCCAAGGAAGGCGCAGCUUUAAGAAGAGACGAGGCGUCCUGCCUGGACUUGUUAAGGGCCAACGAGGACAGCGACCAGAAGACGACCCAGCGCCUCCAGCGCGCGUUGCGCAACGUGCGCAAGCAGCUCGACGAGGUCGACCUCGCCCACGCUAUUGCGGAGGGCCAGGCUUCGGCCGAGGCGCGCGAGGACGCCCAUACCAGAGUGGACGAGCUGGAAUCCGACUUGGCUGCGGUCCGAGCCGAACUGUUGGCGGAGAAGAAACGAAGACAAGACGCCGAAACUCUCAUCAAGAAAGAACUCGAGCCGCGGUUGAAGGCGUUCAGAGAGGUAAGUGGAGAACAGUGCGUCACGCUGUCGGGCGGCCAGGCCCCGCAGACGACGUCGACGUGGGCCGUCCCGAUUAAAGUAAGGACGAUCUACGUGCCGACGCGGCCGGCUCCUAAUGAUGCUGACGACGUCGACCACUUGCGCGUGGAACGGGACCAGUUGCGAGAUUCUGUUGAUAGAUUAACGGCGAGCGGCGCGGCGGCGCGGGCGGCUUCCAGGGCCAAGAGCGCUCGACUAGAAGCGCAGCUGCAGGCCCUGCGUUCGUCAGACUUGAACGCGGUGCGCCAAACUCAAGUCCUUGAAGCCAAGAGGGCCGCGGCCGAGGCGGAAGCUUUACGGUUAGAUGCGGCGCGAUCGGGCGCCCAGGAGGAAUUGGUGAAAUUGAAAUGCGUCAACGAGAAGCUCACGCAGGAGGCGGAGCGGGUCGAUCGCGUGCGUCUUGACGAGGAACGGAGAAGCGCCGCGCGGCGCGCUUCCGAGUCGAAGCGCCAGCAGGACGCGAAGAAGGCGUUGACUGAGCGCUCGAAACUUAUGAAGGAGUUGGAAACGGCUCGGAGGGACGCUGCUUCUGCGCGGGCGCUUGUGGCCCGCGAGCGAAAAAGGCGGACGGCUUCCGUGAAUGGCUUCGGGCGGGACCUCCAGGAGCUGAGAAAGGCGCUAGCGCGCGUCGCGGCGUCCGUGGACGCGUCCUCGAUGCACCAGGGCCGCGCCUCCGCGCGCGCGGCGCGCUGCUGCGUUCCGGGGGACGACGCCUUGGACCUGUUGUCGCCUUCGUCAGAAAUCGACCUGGGGACCGUGCUCGAGCGACUCGCGGCCAUGGAGAAGCAGCUCGCGCCGUCGCUCAAGGCGCGCGCUUUAGAUGUGGCGGCGCUGUCUCCCCGGAAGGUCACGCCGACGAAGAAGGGGCUCGUCUCGCCCUAGCUAGGGGCUCGUAAUGGACAGAAGACUCGU